CAAACUAAUCGAGUAGAAUUUUAUGGGCUUGAUUGUUGACUUUAGGGAGCUUUUAUGAUCUUGCAUAAUUUUUCAAAACAACUCGAGAAAAUCUCGGCAAUGAAAGCUAUGUGCAACAAUCUAGAUGCACAAUUGACCAUACUUAUUAAUUAUUCUGAAAUUUCAGAAUAUAAAUAAUACAGUCAAAUGUGUAUCUAGAUAGCUUUGUAGAAAAUAUGCAGGGCAGCAGGAGUCAAUACUUUUAUUCGCAUACGGCACGACUUUUUCAUAGCCGCCUUUAGCAGGUCUAACAUGGCAAACAGGACUUUACCUAUAGCACGGCAACACAGGUGGUUAUAAAUUAACACGUCCCCAAGAACAUAUUCACUGCAUUCUCUCAAUCUGUGUGUAGGAACAUAAUCAUCAUGGAGCUCCUCAAGCAGCACAGAUAUAUGUUUCUGCUAAUCUCUUGCAUUGCCGUCCUCCUGAACUCGAUGCAUGCAGAUUGUGAGCAAAUCGGAGUCAACUACGGAAUGGAUGGUAACAAUUUGCCAAGCGCAGGCGACGUGGUUUCUUUGAUGAAGAAAAACAACAUCGGGAAAAUGAGAAUUUUCGGACCAAACGCAGAUGUACUGCGGGCGUUUGCAAAUUCUCGCAUCGAAGUAAUUGUGGGAGUGGAAAACAAGGGAUUGAAAGCCGUUGCUUCCAGCCAAGAUUCUGCAAACGGGUGGGUUAAUGACAACAUUAAACCUUUCUAUCCUUCCACUAAUAUCAAAUACAUUGCUGUAGGAAACGAGGUUUUGGAAAUGCCAGACAACGCCCAGUACGUGUCAUUUCUUGUUCCUGCAAUUAAAAACAUUCAAACCGCGCUUGAAAAUGCCAAUCUGCAGAACAACAUCAAGGUCUCCACAGCCCACGCCAUGACCGUCAUUGGCACUAGCUCCCCUCCGUCAAAGGGAACGUUCAAAGACGCUGUGAAAGAUAGCAUGAGCUCUAUUCUCCAAUUCCUCCAAGACCACGGCUCUCCUUUCAUGGCUAACGUCUACCCCUAUUUCAGCUACGACGGUGAUAGGUCCAUCAAAUUAGAUUAUGCGCUCUUUAAUCCUACACCUCCUGUUGUUGACGAAGGAUUGUCCUACACCAACUUGUUUGACGCCAUGGUUGAUGCUGUUCUCUCUGCAAUGGAGUCCUUGGGACAUCCAAACAUCCCAAUUGUGAUAACUGAAAGCGGAUGGCCUUCAGCAGGCAAGGAUGUGGCAACCAUCGAGAAUGCCCAGACUUACAAUAAUAAUCUCAUCAAACAUGUAUUGUCCAAUGCGGGGACGCCAAAGAGACCUGGAAGCAGUAUUGAGACUUAUAUCUUCGCUCUUUUCAACGAGAACUUGAAGGGACCCGCUGAGGUGGAGAAACACUUUGGCCUUUUCAACCCUGAUGAGCAGCCUGUCUACCCUGUAAAAUUCUCCCUUAAUUAGUCUUAUGCGUCCCAGUGUUGUCGCAACGAUAUUGAAUCGUUUGCAGUGAAGCCUUUUGGAUAAAAAUAAAAUGUAGGCAGUAAUUAAUAGUUUAUCUUAAAUAAGAUUCGUGGAAUUAGCGUGCAAAAAUGGAUCUCCUUUUGGAGCUUCUCAGCAUGCUUCUCACGGACGCUUGUCCUUUUGUCAUUAAAUAUUUUAUUGAAGAUAUAUGGUACAGGGGCUGAACUCACAUA